CAGUACCGGCAGUUAUCCCGUAUUAAUAUCACCCGCACUUUUCCUUCCCUUCGUUUCCGCACCUCGCCUCCUGCCCCUCCUCCUACUCCUCCUACCCCUCGCCGCGUCUCGGAGGAGCGCCGCCGCGGUGCUCGGCGUCCUUAGCUCCGCCUCGGCCCGUGGCUGCCGCGCCCACGCCUCGCGCGGAACCAGCCUCGUGCCCCUCGGCGCCGCGGCGGUUCAGGGCAGUGGCGGGCUCGGAUCCGAGCGCGGGGGAUCCGGCAGGAGGCCCCGGAGGGGAAUGUGGGUCCCGGCUUGAGGCUGUCGCGGGACGGGAGGCCACGGUCGAGUGGAGGCGCAUUUUAUUGAGCUGGGGUAUAAAGCAUGGGUGCCGUCAGCCAGUAAUCUCAGCAUUUGUGGGCCAAGGGGUUGAUGUCUUCAGGAUAAUGGCAGGGAAGGAGGAAGCUGCUCUGAAACCUGUAUCAUGUGGGGCAAGGUUACGUAGGAGUCGUGAUGCAUCAAUAAGAGAGGAAGUGUCCAUGAGGGACCCUUUCUUGAAGCACAGAGUGAAGAAGUUUGAUCUAUCUAGCCUAGAUUGGAUUGAUCAGAUUCCAGAAUGCCCCGUGUUUUCUCCAUCGGUGGAGGAGUUCGAGGAUCCAUUUGUUUAUCUCAGUAAAAUUGCCCCUGUUGCUGCAAAAUAUGGUAUAUGCAAGAUUGUUUCACCUAUAUGUGCUUCUGUACCUGUUGGCACUGUACUUAUGAAGGAACAAGGUGGGCUGAAGUUUACUACCAGAGUGCAGCCUCUUCGUCUUGCUGAAUGGUCCACGGAUGACAAGUUUGCUUUCUUCAUGAGCGGAAGAAAGUACACAUUUCGAGAUUUUGAGAAGAUAGCAAAUAAAGGAUUUGUUCGAAGAUACUCUAGUGCUGCCUGUCUUCCAGCAAGGUAUAUGGAGGAAGAAUUUUGGCAUGAAAUAGCAUUUGGCAAGAUGGAAUCCGUUGAGUAUGCAUGCGAUAUUGAUGGUAGUGCAUUCUCUUCUUCUCCUAAUGACCAACUUGGGAGAAGCAAAUGGAACUUGAAGAAACUUUCUCGGUUGUCCAAAUCAAUCCUGCGCCUUCUCAGAACAGCAAUUCCAGGAGUAACUGACCCAAUGCUGUAUAUCGGAAUGCUCUUUAGUAUGUUUGCCUGGCACGUGGAAGACCAUUACUUGUACAGCAUUAACUAUCAUCACUGUGGUGCUUCAAAAACAUGGUAUGGGAUCCCAGGAAAAGCUGCUCCAGAUUUUGAGAAAGUGGUACGUGAGCAUGUAUAUGAUCAUGAAAUUUUAUCAGGUGAAGGGGAAACUGCAGCAUUUGAUAUCCUUUUGGGGAAGACAACAAUGUUCCCUCCAAAUAUUCUGCUGCAUCAUCACGUUCCAGUUUAUAGAGCUAUACAGAAACCGGGAGAGUUUGUGAUCACGUUUCCUCGAGCAUAUCAUUCAGGUUUCAGCCAUGGUUUUAACUGUGGCGAGGCAGUGAAUUUCGCUGUUGGUGAAUGGUUUCCUCUUGGAGCAAUUGCUAGUCAACGUUAUGCACUUCUAAAGAGGAUACCAUUACUGCCUUAUGAGGAACUUCUUUGUAAAGAGGCAGCACUUAUUGAUCAUGAAUUUUCUACAUCUAGUUAUAAAGAUUUGACAACAUCAACUGGAGAUACGCACAUUCAGCAUUGUAUGAAAGUCCCUUUUGUGCAGUUGAUGCGGCUCCAGCAUUGUGUCCGUUGGUCACUUAUGAAAAUGGGUGCUCGCACGCACUAUAAAGCAGAUAUUGAUGCCACAGUUCUCUGUAGCAUAUGUAAACGUGACUGCUAUGUAGCUCAUGUUAUGUGUAACUGCAGAGUUGAUGCAAUUUGCCUUUGUCAUGAGGAAGAGAUUAGGAAGUGCCCUUGCAGCCAUGAUCGUGCUGUAUUUGUGAGAAAAGACAUUAUUGAGUUGGAGACACUGUCAAAAAAGUUCGAAGAGGAAAAUGGAAUAGUCGAUGCUGUCAGAAAGCAAAUGUCUCGUGGCUCUAGCUCACAUUCUUAUUUCAACCGCAUUAAUCACAAUGCUGAAUACUUCCCAUACUGCAAGAUUCACAUACAUGCACCACCUGAAGUUCAUAGCAUUUCAGAGACACGUGUUUUUGGAUAUGAUCUGAACAAGCCAUAUCCUGAUGCAUCAACAAUAACAUUUUGUUUCGGACCCCAUGAGUAUUCUACACAAAGUGAUGAGUGCACAAGUACUAACAGAAGGAUCUUCUCUAGCUCUUGUCCUGAGAAUGGAUUUACUCCUCAAACUACGAUCAUUAAUGCAUACCCUUCGUCUGCACCUGAUCAAACAUGCUCUUCUGAAAAAUUGGCUGCAGAAGACGCUGAUGAUUCUGAUUGUGAGAUAUUUAGGGUGAAGAGAAGGUCUGGCAUAACUCCUGAGAGGAGGCAUACAGAAGAUUCAACCAUAACAACUUUCACUGGGAAUCAGGUAUUAAAACGGUUGAAGAAAAUCCAUGCAGAUGACAGACAACAACAGAAGUUAGUGGAAGUAUCCUGUGGCACAAUUGAUCCUGUCCAUACCCAUCAUUCUAGACAUUGUCUUGACUUUAUUUCUGGAAAUGGAGAUGACUCAGUACAUCCAACCAAAUUGAAGAUGUUACAUCAACUACAUGCAAAUAUCAUGGAGGAUGAAUUUGCUUCCAGCCAAAAACAUAAUGGCUGCAACUACCUAUCUCCAUCUGUAGAGCUUGGGCCAAAGCGCUUGAAAAUUCUUGGCCCAUCAUUUCCCAGAGGGAAUCAUGAGCUGGAAAUCUCUUGUAGAUCCCAGGAGGACAGUGACUUGGCUAGUCACCAUGCUCGAUGAAGUAUAACAAGGCAACUGGUGCUAACACCACAUAUGUUAACAAACAUCAGUCUUAAUUUCUGGAAGCUGACAACUCCUUCGAGCCAAGGUUUCCAGUUUGUUGGUAGGCCAGUCGGUGAUGGAUGGUUCAGAAGCAAUUCUUUCCGCAGGCCUCCAAUAGAGGCACUGUCGUGGCUGGAUUCUUGAUUGCAUUUGCCAGGUUACCUUUGUGGUAGGGGACCUGAAAAGAGUAGGCAGGCAGUUUCUGAUGUUCUUUAGUUGUACAUCUUCACUUAUCUCCUUUUUUCUAGGCUUUCCACUGUAAAGAGGUUAGUCUAUAACUUUUACAGUUUCUUUCAUUCUUUUUCCACAGACACACAUGUACCUAGAAUGGUUAAAUAGAUGCAAAUAUGAAACUACUGUAUAUCUCCUGACAAGCCAUUCUACUUUCUACUUGUCUUCACACUUUGUGUAAUCUCUCGUCAUCAAGGCCAUCAAACUUCUUAUUCUUA